AUGGGACCGGCUAAAGCAGAAGCACCUGCAUCAACAUCUUCGACCAAAAAAACUGUUAUAGAUUCUCUGGAUAGAUUGCUGGAGAAAAACCCGGUUCUAAAAAACUGCAUAGUGAACUCAUUUAGCAGAAGGGAGGAAUCAAUGGACAGAAAAAGGUUGAACCCUUGUUUUGAGAUCAUCAACGUGACGGACAAACCUUCCAACGUUUACCAUGGUUGCCUGACGCCAAUCCAAAUACAGCUCUACUGUAACAUACGAUCGAAGUACCAAGUAGGAGAAGAUGGUGUCUUCAUAAGAUCCCAAAACAAGCGGAAAAAACACCGGAAAACCCCACCUGAGUUGUUCGAUAUAAACGCCAAGUACGUCUCGAACAGUACAAAGCAAGAGUUCGUUAUAAAAGAUAAGCUGUACGAGCACGCAAAUAAAACAGGGAUGAUCAAGGACUGGCAGAAAUACCGAAAACAAAAAAGGAGAUGCGUGAAUUUGCUGAACACCUCCGAAAAAAUGUACGAGGACGGAGAUUUGAAGCGGAUGAUCCCACAAAUGUCCGAAAAUUAUACAGGGCGUUACUGCGACCCCUACUGGGAUUUUCGGGAGGAUUUUUACGACGUCGCGUCCAGUUCAGACGAUACCCUAUCGAUAUCUUCAACCGAAUCCGAUUAA